CUCGGGGGCGGGGCCUCGGCUGAGGGGGCGGGGCCGUUGCCAUGGGGACGGGACGCUCUGCCGGGGCCGCCAUGGAGCUGGUGGGGGAGCGGAUGGAGGGACACGGCUUCUACAAGCUGCCGACGGGCACCGAGUACCGGGGAGCGCUGUGGGACGGGAUGUUCCACGGCCAGGGAGAGCUGUUCUUCCCCAACGGCGGCAGAUACCGAGCGCUCUGGAUCCGCGGCAUCCCCACGCAGGGGAAAUUCGUUUUUGCAGAUGGUCUCGAAUACGAAGAAAAAAACUGGCAUUACUGCGAUGGCUACGACAGAAGAUUUUACACAGAAAUCUGUUCUGGUUUCAAACCACCAGGCAUUCCUCAGCUUACAAAUCUGGAUCCUCCCAGAACAAUCCCAGAAGGUUGUUAUGACUGUGGUGAUGGAUUCUAUAAUCCUGAAACCAGAGUUGUUGUUGACUACAAACUCAGAUUUCUAAGAAAUGCAGACGAUGAUGAGCAUGAAUGGAUCACUCGGACCUGCCGGAAAGCUGGGGGUGGAAGAGCUGAGCACAAACCGAAACCAUAAACCCGAUCUCGCUAGACAAUAAUAUUCCAGCAAAGCAGACAGGAGAUGAAUGCAAAUGACCUGAGAUAAGGUUUGGUUCAGUGGCAACAGUCAGUGUGAAAUAUGUUGUGAAACAAUGUAUUGAAUAAAUUAGAAGAUUUCUUACA